AAAAAGAUAGAGAGAGAAGGGGAGAGAGGAGAGUAGAGAGAGAGAGAGGGGAUGGGGUGGCACUUUACCACUUUUUUAUGUUGCACGCAUCCAUGGCAGAAAACAGAAGGAAGACAGAGUGCUACAAGGAAAGGAGGAGAAGAGAAGAGCAGCCAUAACCCACAACUAUAGCCAAACCCCUCAAUCAGAGCAGAAACAAGCUACAUCCAUACAUAUACAUGCAUCUCCCAUUGUGUAUGUUUGAAAACAAUAUUAGCAGUUUCCUCCUCUGGGUUUCUUGAUUUUUAGAUGCUUCCAACCAGCUAUUCCAGGCCGGCACCUUCGAUUGCAGCCCAAAAAGCUCAGACCUACCCCUACAAUCUGCUAGCUUUCAUAUUUGUUUUCUUCUGAGCCUUUCUCCUGUCCUCUCAGCCUCUCUUAGUUGUUUACAUCUACUUUUCUCUUUGUUUAAAGAACCUUUUUUUUUUGGGUGGUGCUCUUAUUUUUGCUGGGUUUUUUAAAUUGGAGGGAGAGAAGGAAAAAAGAGAGGGGGAAAAAACUUGUGGGUUUGUGAGUCUUUGUUGGAUGAAGGGAUGCCCUUACCCUUUGAUUUUGAGGGGAAGGGGGUUCUGCUAGACCUUGUACCAGAGGCCUCCUCUAAUCAAUUUUCGAAUCCAUUGCUGUACCAGUGGAAGGAGAACAAGCAAGUUAAUUCCUUUCUGGGUUUUGAGCCUACCUCUGUUCUGGAUACAAUAGGCAGCCCAAGCCCUCCUACUUCUACUUCAACCCUGGUCGGCGGCAGCGGCAGCGGUGGUGGUGGUGGUUCCACCGACACGGCAGGGGUGGCGGCGGUCUCGGGUAACUCGUCCCAGAAAUGGCAAGAAACCACCAGCUCGAAUGCGGGGGUUGAACUAGGAAGCGGCGGCGGCGGCCCCGGGCCGGAGAAAUGUGGGCUGGUGGUGGGGAUGGAGGACUGGGAGAGCAUGCUGUCGGACUCCGUGGAGGCGUCGCCGGGGCAGGAGCAGUCCAUGUACCGCUGGAUCAUGGGAGACGUAGAGGACCCCUCCAUGGGUCUGAACAAGUUGCUCCAGAGCGGCGGCGGCGUUGUUCCCCCGGCCUCGGCGGAGUUCGACUUCAACGGCGGCGGCUUUGGCGUCGUAGAUCAAGGGUUUGGGCUAGACCCAUCUGGAAAUUUCGGCCAUAUUAACAACUCCUCUCUUCCUUUUUCAACAUUUCCUCAUUCCAAGCUUGGUUUAGCCCCAAACCCAUCAAACCCUCCAAACUUCAAGCUCUCAAACCCUUCAAACCCCAACAAUUUCCCCCCAUUUUCCAACACCCUUGGGCCCAUUUCAAACCCCUUCAACCCCCUCGACUGCCCAGAUAUGAAACCCCAGAUUUUCAACCCAAAUCUCUUAAUCAACCACCCCACACAAAACCCAGCCUUUUUCUUGCCAUUUCCGUACACCCAAAAUGAACACAGCUUCCCACCCCAGGCGAAAAGGCACAACCCCGGCGGCGGCGGCCUUGACCUGGUCCCACAGUCUCAAGAUUUCUCCCUGCAAUUCCUCCAUCAGAGGAACAUAACAAAGACGGUCGCCGACGAGAUGGGACAACACCAACAGGGGAUAAUCGACCAGCUGUUCAAGGCGGCGGAGUUCAUCCAGAUAGGGAACACGGUACUCGCGCAAGGGAUAUUGGCGCGGCUCAAUCACCACCUCUCUCCGAUCGGUAAGCCUUUCGUUAGGGCUUCUUUCUUUUGCAAAGAAUCCCUCCUUCAAUUGCUCAAUAUGGCACCCAACUUGCCGAAUCCGUCGCCGUUUAAUCUGAUAAUGAAGAUUGGUGCUUACAAGUCUUUCUCCGAGAUUUCACCACUCCUCCAGUUUGCAAAUUUCACUUGCAACCAAGCCCUCCUCGAGGCUUUAGAUGGGUCUGAUCAAAUUCACGUUAUAGAUUUCGAUAUCGGGUUUGGUGGGCAAUGGGCUUCUCUUAUGCAAGAGCUUGCCAUGAGGGGCGGAGGACCACCUUCGUUGAAGAUCACUGCAUUUGCCUCCCCUUCAACCCAUGACCAACUUGAGCUAGGCCUCACUAGGGAAAAUCUCAACCACUUCGCUUGUGAAAUCAAUAUCCCAUUCGAGUUUGAAAUCUUGAGCCUUGAUUCCCUUCACUCUGCUUCUUGGUCACAAUUCCCUCUUCAUCUGUCUGAAAACGAAGCAAUUGCGGUUAAUCUCCCAAUUGCUUCGUUUUCGAAUAGCCAACUGUCCCUCCCUUUGAUCCUUCGCUUCAUAAAGCAACUUUCCCCCAAAAUUGUGGUAUCUUUGGACAGAGGUUGUGACCGAACAGAUCUCCCGUUUCCAAACCAUGUGAUUCAUGCCCUUCAGUCUUACUCAAACCUGCUUGAGUCACUUGAUGCUGUGAAUGUGAACUUGGAGGCCUUGCAAAAGAUUGAGAGGUACUUGCUUCAACCUUGUGUUGAAAAAAUUGUGAUGGGUCGAUACCGUUCCCCUGAGAAGACCGCUCAUUGGAGGACCCUUUUUCUGUCAUCUGGAUUUUCUCCAUUGACGUUCAGCAAUUUCGCGGAAUCACAAGCUGAUUGUUUGGUCAAGAAGACUCCAGUGAGAGGAUUUCAUGUUGAGAAGAGGCAGUCUUCACUUGUUUUGUGCUGGCAGCGGAAGGAGCUCAUCUCAGCUUCGGCGUGGAGGUGUUGAGGAUCGAUAUUUUGGUAUUGGAUUCACCCGAUCAUUCCGAUUUGAGAUGUUGCUUCUUAACUUUAACUGCUAUAGUAUCUGAUCGUUCGAAUAUUAAUGGCUGUGAUUUCACUAUUCUAAUUGUCAUUGUGGUUUAGGAUCAUAUCAAGAAAGAACCAGAUGUUUUAUUAACUGGAUGGUCUAGUAGUGUAGUUCUAUUUCUUUCAUCUGUUAUGUUCGGUGUUGUUGUUGUUGUCCCCUCUACCGGUGUUUUUGUGCUGUUGUGGCAACGAAUGGCGGUUAUUUCUAAUUAUGGGGGUUAUCUAUUGUAUUCGACUACAAUGUAAGACCAGAAAUGGGAAAAAGAACAGUUUAACCUUU